UUCAUGUCAGAGAGUCGUUUACUUGAAGAUAACUUGGGUACUCCCGUAGUCCUACAUGUUUAUGACCUAAUCCAUCCAGACGAAGUAGAACGACUGCGGAAGGUUAACAACUACUUAAUACUUUUCGGACUGGGUUUCUUUCAUAGUGGUGUUGAAAUAUUUGGUAAAGAGUAUAGCUUUGGUGCAAACAAUAGUAUGGAGACAGGAGUUUUCAGUGUCCCUCCAAAACAAACAGUUGGAGCUAUAUAUCGUCAGAGCAUUCUCAUAGGUGAGACUUUGUACUCCGAACACGAAGUGGAGCACCUUAUUCGUAUUGUUGCAGCAGAAUAUCCUGGGAGUUCAUAUUCCUUGUUUUACAACAACUGUAAUCACUUUAGUAAUGACUUGUGUGAAAGGUUAUGUGGAAAGUCAAUUCCUAAGUGGAUAAAUAGACUUGCUUUUUUGGCAAGUUAUAUUCCCUGUAUUAGGACACAAAAUGAAGAGUAUGAUGAAGAUAUGGAUACACCACUGAUAACAAGACAAAUUAUUCCACCGACAGCGGUAUAAACAAGGCUUAGGAGCUUAGAUUGUGUUAGUUGAUGUUGCUUAUAAGAACCAGGAUUAAGUAGAAACGACUUACAAGAUACUAUCUCUUAAAUAUUUAAAGUAUUUCUUUUUCUUCUCUGUUUGUUUUAAAGGUAUUACAAGUCGCAUUGAUU